UUAGAUAUUUAAUGUGUAGAAAUAUCUAUAAUCUGUUUAUCAAUCAAUGAUUGUUUUAGGACGUUUAACUAUAUCGUCAUUCUGAUAACGAUAUCAAUAAUUUUGCAGAGUUUAUUUGCUAUAUAAUCACUAUUGCGUACCCCACUCCUUUUAUAUGGAAGUACGGUAUGCUGUUCGGUGCAAGUACGGUAUACCCGCUCAAUGUGAUGACGAAGUGAGUGGAAUUGAAAGGUAGAAAGCAUCGUUAUACUUCAGAAGGCGGAUCGAAGUUCUGGAUAAAUAGAUUCUUUUAUUGUAUGUUAUUGCAAUUAGUAAGAGCAAAUUGUUUUAAAUAUGAGGUUUUUUAGUAACUAUUGUAACAACGAUGUUCGUUUGAUGGGAAAAACUGUAAUUAUAACAGGUGCAAAUUGUGGAAUUGGGAAAGAAACAGCUAGGGACAUAUAUAGAAGAGGUGCUCGAGUGAUUUUAGCUUGUCGUGACAUUAAUAAAGCAACAGAAGCAGUGAAUGACAUAAAAGAAACUACGUCAAGUGCCGGUGAGAAAAACUCUGAAGAUAAACCAGGACAAUUAGUAAUUUGUCAGUUGGAUCUCAGUAGUUUAACAAGCGUUAAGAACUGUGCACAGCACCUUUUAAAAACUGAACCGGCCAUCCACAUAUUAAUUAAUAAUGCAGGAGUAUUCUUGCAUCCAUUUGAAAAAACUGAAAAUGGUUUCGAGACUCAUAUUCAAGUGAAUCAUUUGGCACAUUUUCUUUUAACACUUCUACUGUUACCAAGAAUAAUAGAAUCUGGACCAGGUUGUAGAAUAAUUAACGUUUCAUCAGCUGCACAUUUGGGUGGUAAUAUACAUUUUGAGGAUUUAAAUUUGGAACGUUCUUACUCACCUGUUAGAGCUUAUUGUCAAAGUAAGCUGGCCAAUAUCUUAUUUACUAAAGAAUUGAAUAAACAGUUAAUCGAUGAUUCAACACCUUCGGAUCGGUGGAGAGUUACAAAGUAAAGUGUAGCCGCAAAAUUGAUCUAGACCUUCAAUUCCAAGGUCAACAUUUUUUUAUUGUAAUUACGAUAGUGGUCACACCUCAAAUUAAUUUAAAUGUUCGACUUUCGCUAAUUUAUGUACUUGCAUUCCCGAUUCUUUCCCUGCCAAGUUUGCCCCAUUAUCAUUUUACAGCCACAUCGCUCGCGGUGCGUUGCGUUGCGUUACGUGAGUGAUACAGCGUAGGUUGUAGGUCGCAGUUUGAAGAUUAAUCAUAGUCUGUAACUCACAGUCAUACGUAUGCUUGAAUGUAUUUCAGUGGUAAGAUUUGCACGACACUUUCUUUUAACGAAAUAAAUAAUAAAUCAUUUGAUAUAAAUUAAAUUCUUUCAACAAAAUUAUUUAAAAAAUUAAUAAAAUGAAUUUGAAUAAAAGCACAAAACUAUUAGUUAGGAGA